CCAGUCGUUGUCGUUGUCGCUUCGUCGGUGCGACUUAUAGACUAGUAUCGAUUACAAACGAAGAGCUACUAAUUUAAUAUCGAGAUCGAACGCGUAGUCGCUGCAGUUCCGCGUUGUCUUGGCACGUUGUCUCAGUGUUAUUGUGCGACGUCCCAACAGCUGGACGUCCCGUGAUUUCUCCCGCGAUUUUCGAGAGGAGGCAUGUGGGCCCACGUAUCGAUCUCGAUCGUCGUCCUACUGGCGUCGUUGCUCUAUCAUUAUCACUUCAGCGAGCCGGCAAGUGUUAUCACUUACCCCGAGACGCAUUACGACUAUGUCGUCGUCGGCGCUGGUACGUCUGGAUGCGUGAUUGCAUCACGGCUCUCGGAAAUGUCGAACGUGACCGUUUUGCUCGUGGAGGCCGGCGGAUACUUCGGAUGGCUAUCGACUGUGCCGCUCUUAGCACCGAUGAUGCAAGGCACCGAGGUCGAUUGGGCCUAUCAAACGGAACCGCAAGUCUUCUCGUCCCGAGGGCUACACGGCUAUAGACAAAAAGUGCCAAGAGGAAAAGGACUUGGAGGAAGUGGACAGAUUAAUUAUCUUGUUCACUCCUUUGGGAGGCCCGAGGAUUACAAGAGAUGGCCGAAAGGUUGGUCACACGCCGACUUGCUCCCCUAUUUUCAAAAAGUGUCCGAUAUUAUGAACGUUAUCCCGAUGCCGGAGGAAGAGUAUUUAACAAAGGCCUUCGUCCUGGCUGAGGAAUCAUUAAAGCUGGAUAACGUGUCCUUGCGGAAAGCGAUGUACACCGCGAAAAAAGGAACCAGAUGGAGUACUUAUCAUGCGUAUUUGCGGAAAGCUUGGAAUCGCAAGAAUUUACAUAUCCUGAUGGAUACGCUUGUCGCCAAGAUACUUUUUAAAAAUAGCAAAGUCGACGGUGUUAAAGUGAUAUAUAAAAACGGCUCUGUCGGGAGAAUCGGUGUAAGGAAGGAGGUAAUCCUUUGUAUGGGCACUUUCAAUACCCCGCAAUUACUUUUGAUUUCCGGCAUAGGUCCCGCCAACGAAUUAAAGAAACACAAGAUACCAAUGGUGCAAGAUCUUCCGGGGGUAGGCCGGAAUCUGUUCGACCACAUGAACAUACCUAUUUACGUGAAUCUACGAGAGCGAGUCAGUAUCACGCUUGUGAAGCUGCAAACUGUACCCGAGGUGUUCAAUUAUUUUGCCUUUGGAACCGGAUGGUUGGCCACUAACGGCGUAAUGGGAUUGGGGCGUGCUAAUAACAGUGGCCUUCUCCUCUUCGGAGUGGCGUCCGCGGAGGAAAAAUUGCUGAAGGUCAUCUCAAAUUUCGAGACCGAGACGUAUAGGUCGCUAUUUCCGUCGUAUAACGACAGCAUGCACGAGGGAUUUAUCUAUCUCGUGUCGUGUCUGCAACCCAAGAGUCGUGGAAGCGUAACGUUAAGAUCGAGCAACAUCUACGACUCGCCAAAAAUUAACCCCGCGUAUCUCCAGGAUCCCGAUGACGUCACGUGCACUCAUCGAGCUAUAAACUUGGCGCUGGAGACUCUUAACACGAAACUCUUUCGCGAAUACGGCGCGAAAGUUCACGUUCCCGAUUUCGAGGAGUGUCGUCAUUUGCGACAGGAUUAUCGGGAUGUCGAUUAUUCGGAGUGCGUCAUGAGAAUGGCAGGACUCACGAGCCAUCAUCCAUGUGGCACAUGCAAGAUAAGCACGGAUGACGACGCGGUUGUGAAUGAAGAAUUAAGGGUAAAAGGCGUGAGUGGAUUGAGAAUAAUGGAUGCCAGCGUAGUGCCGUCUCCAAUUUCUGGCACGCCGAACUCGAUUCUUAUCGCGAUGGCUGAACGUGCGUCCGAUAUAAUUUUAAAUCGAGCGUUUAAUUAAGAUACGAUUAAUUUAUUGCAUGUAACA